GGUGCGAAGUCAAACUGACGGCUGGGUGUCCAGAGCGGGUGUUUUGAAUCGCCGGAGACCAGGGAAUGGAAUUCCAACCAAAUAUCAAAGCCAAGAGACGUUGUCCGAAAUGGAAAGACACAAAGCCAUACCCAUCUGACAUAAAAGAUAAGUGGAAAGCUGUUUUCACAGGAUUUUCCAUUGAAGUUAGUGACACAGACGGAAAUAACUUCCAAUCCCUCUACGAAUGCGGAUGCUUCGGAAAAGGCACUCAUUCACGAGGAGCUCCACAGAAUUUCAAAGAUCACGCAAACUCCUCUGAUCGGGGCGAGUUCAAAGAGAUACUAGUUUUAGACCUCGAAGAAUCCUUCUUCCUAGCGUUCUUCGCGGAAGCCUUAGACAUAGUAGACCAAGAAAACAAGCCUCUCACUCGUGAUGAAACCUUUAGAAAGUUCGAAACCAUCAAACCGAACUUCGCGUACACACUAGCCGCCUACCUGCACCUCAAAUCGAAAGGUUGGGUGAUAAAAUCUGGAACAAAAUUUGGCGGAGAUUUUCUGGUAUAUAAACAAGGAAUGAGGUUUUAUCACGCAAGUUUUGUGGUAGUCGUUUCGAAGGGCGAAGUUAAUUUGCAGCCAAAAUACCUCCAAGGGAUGCAACGUGUUGCGGAGACUUCAGACAAGGACAUCCUUUUUCUAAGCGUUCAUGCACCCCUCGAAACACCAACCUCCGAGCUCUGCAAUUACCUUCACACCUUUAAAGUGACUGAAACAAUCCCGAGACGAUUUGAUUUAAAAAAACAUGUUCAGAAUAAACAAAAUUCUACUUAA